AUGUCUGGCGACACGCAGCCUAAGAAGCGAAAGGACAAAAAAAGGAAGAAAGAUGACGAAGAUACGGUCAAGGAAACGACCGUCCAUGCCCCGAAGCAACCGUCGUCCGGGGCAGCUCAGGCCGCCAAGGAACCGGGUGAUAUUCAGAUGCACAUCCAUAGCGAUCACGGUACCGGUGGCCACUGGUGUGCGAAAAUCGUGUUCUUUGUCCUGUUGGCCGGUUUGGGUGCACUGAUCGGACUCAUCCUUAUGGAAAGCCAGGGCGUUUCGAAUGACGAUACACCACUAUCUGAAUCGAGGUACUCCGAAUUCUUCAAUGGUUGGGUCGAUGAAACGCGACAGGACGAUCACCAUCACGAUGAAAUAUUGGCCGCUAUCAACUCCCUGGAUGAUCAUGACGAUGACGGCAGUGACGAUCACCACGCGGUAGAUGAUCACGAUGAUGAUGAUGGGCACGAUCAGGAAGACGAUCAUGACGAUGGUGCUCCUUAUGCGGAGGAAGAAGAUCAUGAUGACGAUGAAGACGGCACGGACGUACAGGAUGAUGACGAAGAUGAAGGCCCAGCGCAAAAGCUAGACGACGACGAAGUGGAAGAUAUCUUUAUCCAACAGGAGGCCGCCGCUCAGCAGCAAGCAGCAGCUGCAGCUGAAGACGACGAUGAUGAUGACGAUGAUGGGCAGGACGAUGAUGAUGACGAUGCCGGUGCCAACGUUAAAAUUAAUAUUGUUGACGAUAAUGAUGAUGAUGAUGAUAAUGAUGAUGAUGAUAAGAAUGAUGAACCAAAUAACGGAAAAGAUAAUGAUGAUGAUAACGACGAAGACGACACAAAUGACAAUGAUCAGGAUGACGUGGAUGGCAAUGAUGAUGAUGAUGAUGAUGAUGAUGAUGAUGAGGACGCCGAAGAUGAUAAUGAUGAUGUAUUAACAAUUGCUAAGACAGAAAAGAACGAUAAACUUGACAAUGAUAAGGAUAAUGAUCACGAUGAAAAUGUAGAUGAAGAUGAUGAAGAUGAGGAUGAUGAUGAAGCUGAUGAAGAUGAAGGAAACGAUGACGCCGUCGUGAAAAAUAAUGCUGCUGGAGGAAAUACUAACGCAAGGGAUGCUGAUGACGAUGAUGACGACGACGUGAAUAACAUUGCUGCUGAUGAUGACGAUCAGGAUGAUACACCAUUCGAUGAAGAACAAUCUAAUGCUUUGAAUGAUAGCACUAACCAAACAAUGCAAACGCUUGAAAAUAGUUCUACCAACGAAGACACUCUGAAGUCUUCCGUCCAAAACUCCAGAACUUCAAUAACCGAUGACCGUGAACCUGAACAAAAUCAGGUACAACCAUCGCCAACCACACCAUCAAUCGAGGAGGCUGUAACGGGUGACACAUUAAAAGAUCAAAUGGAUGAGUUGGUACGAAAUUAUAACAAGCUUGCGGAGUCGUUAAACGUACCGAAAGUUGAUCAAGUUCCUGAUGAUACUCACGAGACAGUUGUAGUACAGGACGGGGACGACGAUGGUGAUGAGGCAGAAAUUGAGGAAGUAACCCGUGGAUCUCAAACAGCAAACGAUGACGACGAUGAUGAUGGGGAUGACAAUGACAAUGUGGCGGAUGACGACGACGACGGCAAAGCUGCUUUUGGUGAAUUCGUUGACAAUGACGGAGGAGAAGAAGAAUAUUUGGAAAAAGUUCGCGCCGAACAACAGCGUCGUGCAGCUGAAGAAGCACGCAGAGCCGCUGCCGAGCCGGUGGAGGAAUCCUCGCUGACCGUAAAAAUCUUUGUCGGUGUCGCACUACUCGGUGCUGCGCAUCUUCUCUUAACUAGUCCACGUGCUCCUACCAAAAAUCCAACAAAUCAUAGCGACGAUAAACAGAAAAUGGAUAGCGUUAAGGUCAACGAAUCAUCUACAAUUCAUUCGACGGGCGAACAAAACAAAGCAUUAAACGUAGCACCAACUAUUACCAAACCCGUAUUAGAUGAUUUUGUAUAUGCUGGUCCAGCGAAUCAAUCGUUCUCAGAUAACGCCGAAGUGAUCGAAAAAAACGUGAUCAUGUUAGACGACAACGAUGAUGCUGAACGUUACUCAGGUGAUGAUUACGACUAUGAAAUAGAAGAAGCAGUACCUGAAGAGGAGGAUGAAGAAGAAAAAAAUCUCAUACAACAGGAACAAGAAAUUGGUGCAUUUGUACCGAUUACGUUUGAGGAUUUUAACUCCAUGUACCGAUCUCCUGUAGAGAUAGCUGAUAUGUCGAUGGAGAGACAAGAGGAUGUUCUUCCAACUCAACCAGCCACAAACGAACUACUGUCAACAAAGAAGGUGACAAAAGAUUCACUGCUAGCACGUAAAAAGCCACCAAAGGGUGCUGUGAACAAGCUCAUAUACGGUCUACAUAAAGAUCCAAUCGUUAUACCGGCGGACGGAACGGAACCAGAAACCGAUCGGAUGCUUAAACCGAUACCUCCAGUGGAAAAGAUUGAAAAUGUAAGUGCGAAGGUUGAGGCAAAGUCCGUCCUGACGGCAUUGCUUUCGGAAAUCCCAUCACCACCGAUUGAACGUGAUCACGCAUUCGUAAAGCUUGUCCCCACGGGAUCCACUGUUGUGCGAACACCAUCACCAGCUGAAUCGGCUCGAAGCUCUGGAGCAGUCGUUCAGCCGUUUAAACCAAAACAUGUUGAGUUUCUGUUGCCUGAGCGAAAAGAGUCGGACUACGAGCUUGAGUCAGAGUUUGAGCUAGAGAGCACAUCGCUCGUACCAGCAGGUGAUAAUGGUAGCAAGGAGAACCUUUUCGUACCGGAUACCAGCGAGGAAGAACUAGAACCGAACGAGUACUCGGAAGAGUACAGUGAGUACGCGGAGGAAGAAGAAAUUGUGUACGAAGAUGAGGAAGAGGUGAUCGACGAUAUAGAGUCGGUUCUGCUCAAUCAGUAUGGUUCGGAUGAGGAGGAAGAACCACUAACUGACGACAACAUUCCGCCGGGCGGUGACGAAGAGGAAGCGUCCGAUGUCGAUGAUUCGGAUCUGAUGCGACGUUUGGAGGAAAAGUACGGCAAGCUACCGGCCACCGAAGCUGCCGCGCAAGCAGGAAACGACGAUGACGACGAGGCAACUGCAGCAGGCUGGACAAAAAUCCCCACGAGGGCUGAAGAAGCUGAUCGGUCCUAUCAGGAAGAAUUAAGAAGAGCUGAACAGCAACUUGACGAGAACAAACCCCAGGAAGCGCUGGCCAUUUUUGAUCGUAUUAUCCUGCGAAAGCCAAACACUAUCGCGGCAUUAGUCGGCCGCGCACGAUGCUUGGACGCGCUGGCAGAGCAACAGCGCAGUAACACGGUUCUGACCGAAGCGAUCACCAGCUAUCGAAAGGUGUUAGAUCAAGAGCUUGCGGUGGAUGAUGCAACACUUAAAAUGGUAGCGGAACGAUGCAUCGAUCGUAUGCGCUUUCAGGGUCAGCAUGCGAAAGCGAUCGAGGUGCACAACGUGCUGAUUCGACGAUUCGACAACGAACCCCAGUAUCGCAAUCAGCUCGCCGUUAGCUACCUGUAUAUGAACAGACUGGCUGAAGCAAAAGCCGUACUCCACGAAACUUUACACCGUUGGAUUGACGAUGGAUUCGCGCUGGUACACUAUGGGUUCGUAUUGAAAACGCUGGAUCAAAACAUGGAGCUAGCUGCCCAAUACCUGCAGGAAGGCAUCGAUACAGAUCAUCCAGGAACGCAAGAUGGGCGAUUCUACUUCCAACUUGGCGAUGCUUUGCAACGUCUAGGGCGCAACCGCGAGGCACUGGACGUUUACCGAAAAGGUGUCCAAAAGAAGCUUUUCCUGUCGCUCUACCAACGCUCCCUGUACAAUAUGGAUGGGUUACGUUCGCGCCCGUUCUGGACGGAGGAACAAACGACAUACGCUACCGAGCUAGAACUGAUGCGUGCCCAGUGGAAACAAGUACGGGACGAAGGUCUGAAUUUGCUGAACAGUGCCGGUGUGUUUGUGAACGAGUCGGAAAACCUGCGCGAUCGGGGUGACUGGAAGCAGCUGGAACUGUUUUCCCGGGGCACCCGGCUAGAGCGAAACUGUGCCCGUGCACCGCUUACUUGUCGUCUGGUGGAACAAUACUUUCCCGCAGCUCGAACGUGCAAACGCGGUCAGGUGAAGUUUAGUGUGAUGCAUCCCGGAACGCACGUGUGGCCACACUGUGGACCUACGAACUGUCGAAUACGAGCCCACUUGGGUUUAAGCGUCCCACAGGGUACCUACAUACGGGUGGCCGAAGAAACGCGUUCCUGGGAAAACGGAAAAUGGUUGAUAUUUGACGAUAGCUUCGAGCACGAGGUGUGGCAUAAUGGUACAGAGACUCGGUUGGUGUUGAUUGUGGAUUUUUGGCAUCCUGAUCUUACGGAAAGUCAGCGGCGUUCCCUGUCCCCUAUCUAG